AUGUUUCACUUCCCGGUGGCCCCGGCCUUCGAGGGCAUGCACCGACAACAGAAUGAACAGUUCUGGUCACGUCUACUAGACCAGAUUCUCUCACCUGCCGAGUGUCCCAUCGGCACAAAUUUCAUCGAACGCUUCAACCCUCCCCAGUACGGCGUUGUAAUGCUUGAUAAUAUUCCGUAUGGUGUCACCCGUGCAGAGGUGAGGCAGUUCUUUGGACGCAGCUCUGACCUCGUUCCUGACUGUCCCAUCCACAUUAUCAUGGAACGAUCCACGGGCAAGACGAUGAACUGUUUUGUGGAGUUCACCUCUCGCCAAGCUGCCCGAGAGGCAGUUGAUCGAAUCCACCGCACCAAUGAUGCCGGUCAGGGUGCCCGCAUGGCCAACCGCCAUGUCGACGUGGUGCUCAGUUCCCAAGAUGAACUGCUUCGGGCAAUGUUCCCGAAAGCAAAGUGCAUCAAAUGGAUUGGUGGUCGUCCGGUGCAGGUUCCUAAGCACCCAGAUGAGGGAUGGUCGACCGGCUUUGUAGGCUUCCUCACGGAUGAGGAGCUGUUUUGCGUGCUUCGCCACGCCAAAGAGCCGCACCGAAGUGCAUUUGCAACCAAAGUCCCGCAGCGGACUUAUGAAUCGAUCACCAGCACCAUCUGGAAAUUCCCAUGGUUUGCUACAACCAUGUAUACGGUACAUGCACGGAACAAGCUCUUCGAGACCUUGCGCGACAUGAUCGAGCUGCUUCGUGAUCGCGUGCAAGCGUCCCGCCAGACUGUGGGAUUGGAAUUCCGCCUGCUUGCCGAGUUGCUCCGGGCAGGGCUGUGUUGCCCUGCUUUUAAUCCCCGCAUGAAGUGGGAUCUCACAUUCAUGGCUGGCGAUCAGGCACAGCUGCAUCUUGUAUGCCACGAUGAUGUCCCAGGCACCCGCAGCCUUGACUGGGGAAGACGGUCUGAUGAACACCCACGUCGGCAGUACCCCUACGGCAAUCACCGUUACGUGUGGACUGAUGCGGCAUCGAGGGAGAAAAAAUUCUCCGAGGCAAUGGCUUAUGAGAUGCAGGUACUUCGAAACAUCCUUGUUACCGGAUACAACAUCACCCACCCCAGCCGACAGGCUCCCCCACUGCCAAUGACCGCCACCCAGCGCACUAUUCAGCGUGGAGACCGGAGUGGUGAUGACAAUCAGCCCCAUCUCUCCUCUGGGGAGUCGACCCCACGUGCUGGUCUCCAGCAGUUUCAGCGGGGCGUGUCUUUAGCCUUGCCUUACGAGCCUCUCCGACCUCGUGUUGAAUACCCAUCCCACGGGCCCAACCCUUUCGUUGUCCCGACUGCUCCUGGUUCGGGUGUAGGUCAUGGACAACUUCACCUUCGUGAUCCUCCGGGCCCUCAGGGCUCCCAGAGUUCACAGGGCCGUGGUGGUCGUGGACAAUUCGGUCCCGGAACUGGCCACCGCUAUUGA